UCCAAUUCCGCCACCGCCACUUCUUUCUUCCCCGCGGACGCGUCGAAAAGCGAGCCUCUGGGGAGACUCGAGGCCACUCUGCCUUCCCCUCCUAUCCUGUGAGCUGUAACGCUUGGAGGUAUGUGAACUAUCCAUAUAAGUUCCUGUGAGCUGUCUCCCGCUCACUCGGUCCCUGUCCAUCCGUAGCGUUCCAUUCCAUUCCAUCCCAUCCCCGGAAAGUGCAAGGACGGGAGGGAGAGCGGCCGGCGCGUCACAAAUACCACCAGCCCAGGGGCCAUGGCCGCCGCGAUGACCAGCUUCGUCGCCAAGAACCCGCUGCUCGCGGCCGCGGCGCGGCGCAGGGCGCCUCCCCUCGCGGGGCGCGCCCUGCCGUUCUCUCCGCUCGCCAGCACCAGGGCCCCGCGCCGCACCGUCACGUGCUUCGUGCCGCAGGACACGGCGGCCCCGGCCGCUCCCGUGCCGGCGCUGGACGAGGAGGCCAGGGCCGCGGCGGCGCGGCGCGUCGCGGAGAAGGAGGCGCGGAAGCGGUCCGAGCGGCGGACGUACCUGGUGGCCGCCGUGAUGUCUAGCCUCGGAGUCACGUCCAUGGCCGUCGCCGCCGUGUACUAUCGCUUCAGCUGGCAAAUGGAGGGCGGCGAGGUGCCGGUGAUCGAGACGCUGGGCACGUUCGCGCUCUCCGUCGGGGCGGCGGUCGGGAUGGAGUUCUGGGCGCGGUGGGCGCACCGGGCGCUGUGGCACGCCUCCCUGUGGCACAUGCACGAGUCGCACCACCGGCCGCGCGAGGGCCCCUUCGAGCUCAACGACGUGUUCGCCAUCGUCAACGCCGCGCCGGCCAUCUCCCUCCUCGCCUACGGCUUCUUCCACCGCGGCAUCGUGCCCGGCCUCUGCUUCGGCGCGGGCCUGGGGAUUACGCUGUUCGGCAUGGCCUACAUGUUCGUCCACGACGGCCUGGUCCACCGCCGCUUUCCGGUCGGCCCCAUCGCCGACGUGCCCUACUUCCGCCGAGUGGCUGCCUCGCACAAGAUACACCACAUGGACAAGUUCGGCGGCGUCCCGUAUGGGCUCUUCCUGGGACCAAAGGAGCUGGAGGAGGUUGGUGGCCUGGACGAGCUUGUUAGCAGUCCGGUGAGUGAAGCUACUGAUACUGAAGACGCAGGAGAAGAAAAGACGCGUCCAGUUGUAUGCGUUGUCCGAACAAGCGUGUUCAUGGGCCAGAGUGUGCCAAAUGAGUUCUAGCUUUAGGCGAGUGGGCCAAAUGAGUGUGGGCUGCGUCCCAGGGUAGUAUAAGUACUAUGAGUCUGUAAUAAUCAGGACAAGAAGAAUUUAGGUAAAGUAAUACAUCUAUCGCCAUCUUCCUUUCAUUCUCUCCUACACGCUACUCUCUUCUCUGAUCUUCUCUCCCUCGAAUCCCAGUAGCAUCCAGUAGCUAACAUCUGGUAUCACUGGCCAUCUUUUUACUGUUAUGCAGCUUGGGUGUGGUGGAUUAAAUCACUGGCCGUGAAUGGACCCAUCCUGCAAUAUUCAAGUCGUGCUUAAGAAAAGGAUGUCAUGCUUCUGGUUGAUCUUGAAAAGAAUAUCAUUGCAGGAGCAGACUUGAGUGAUUUAGCCGUGGAGCAUUCUUUUUGUCCAUCUAAAGAAAAUGGUGGUCAAGACGGUCAUCUUCUCAGAUUGGGAGACAUAGCUUCUAAAGGUACCCAACCAACAACUCAAGGCUGCUGAGUUUCUCCUGUAAGGCCAGCAUCAGUACUGCCCUUGUCUCUCACUCACCCAAACUAUGGGGUAAUCAGUGCUAAUCCCUGAAAGCUGAAGUAGAGUCAUCAAUCAUUGUCUACACUAUCAGCGGCUUGGGGGCAAGCCGCAUUUCAAGCGGUGGGGAAUGUUAGCAGUCCGGUGAGUGAAGCUACUGAUACUGAAGACGCAGGAGAAGAAAAGACGCGUCCAGUUGUAUGCGUUGUCCGAACAAGCGUGUUCAUGGGCCAGAGUGUGCCAAAUGAGUUCUAGCUUUAGGCGAGUGGGCCAAAUGAGUGUGGGCUGCGUCCCAGGGUAGUAUAAGUACUAUGAGUCUGUAAUAAUCAGGACAAGAAGAAUUUAGGUAAAGUAAUACAUCUAUCGCCAUCUUCCUUUCA